AUGCUUUCAAAACUGAGCUUGUUUUCUGCUUUCUUACUCUGCAUUUGUGGAGUGCAGAGCUUCCGGGUACAAGGAGUGGCCGCUAAAGGUCGCCUGAAGUGCAAUGGACGACCAUUGGUAGAGGCAUCGGUUUCGAUUUAUGACAAAGAUAGAUGUAAGUUGCGUAUUUUAAAAGAGGGUAAAGUAGGGUAGGAUAGGGACAAAAAUGUUGGCGGGGUAAGUUACAUUAGAGAAAAGAGCUAAAGUAGAGGUAGAUCAAAAAAUUAUUAUUUUUUUAAAUUUUAUAUUUUUUGUAAAAUAUCACAACUUUUUUAAAUUUUUUGCAAAACAAAUUUUAUCAAUCAAUAAACAAUUGCUUAUCAAUUCCUUUCAGUUCCAUUUGACAGCGACGAACUCUUGGAUCAAGAGCUGACCGACGAAAUUGGUGCCUUUUUCCUCGAUGGUACCACUCGCGAAUUGACAAACAUUGAGCCAGAAUUGAGGAUUGUACACAACUGCACAAAUGGCGGUGAACCGGUAAGUUAUUUGAAUGUUUUUGAUAUGGAAAUUGAUUUUUGACGAAAUGUCACAAAAAUUAUUGGAUAUUCAAAAAAUGUUUUUUUUGAUUUAAAAUUUAAGAACGAGGUUUACAAUGCAUUAUAAAAGUUUAUUUAGAAAUUUAUUGGCUAAAAAUGCAUUUUUUGAGUUUUUGACGAAAUGCCAUAAAAAUUAUCGGAUUUUUAAAAAAACUUUAUAUAUUUUUUAAAACUUAACUGAGUGUUAGAAAGUUAAAGAAACAUUGUUUUUAAGCAUUUUAAUUUUUUUUUAUUUUUGACGAAAUGUCACAAAAUUUAUUGAUUUUUUUUAAAUGUAAAAUACGUCAGAACAAACAAGGCAAAUAAAAAUCUAUAAAUUGUAGAAUAUUUAGUUAAUUUUUAAUCAUUUUCAGCACUGCCGCCGCUACCUCGUAGUACCAAUCGACUCCUAUUUCAUUCACAGCGGCGAUGCUGAAGUUGUCUUUGACUUUGGAGUGCAAGACCUGUCGAUAAAUGGCGGUGAGAUGCGUUGUCGCUCGAUACCUAAGUAG